CGGGGAGGCCCGAGAGAGUCACCUCCCCCCGCCUCCCGCGGCCCUCCCACCCUCGGGAGGGGCGAGGGAGGCGGAACAAAGGCGAGGAAGCUCUGGCGAGGCGGUGGCGGCUGCAGGGCCCGAAGAGGGAGGCCGGAGGGCGGGCCGGCUGGCCACCAGGACCAACCUCUCGGCGAGUCCAUUUUGUGACUGAAGCAGCCGGGCGCCUGGGAAGCGCAGCUGCGCCACUCGGGCAGCUUGAGCCCGGCUGCUGCCGGCGCACGCACCCCACGAGCAGCUGCAGGAUAUGAUGGAGCUGCUGGAGGAAGACCUCACAUGCCCUAUUUGUUGCAGCUUGUUUGAUGAUCCCCGGGUUUUGCCCUGCUCUCACAAUUUCUGCAAAAAAUGCCUGGAAGGUAUCUUGGAGGGCAAUGUCCGGAAUAUGCUGUGGAGACAAUCCCCUUUCAAAUGCCCCACUUGCCGGAAGGAAACUUCAGCUACAGGAGUCAAUAGUCUGCAGGUCAAUUACUCCCUGAAGGGAAUCGUGGAAAAAUACAACAAGAUCAAAAUCUCUCCCAAAAUGCCUGUGUGUAAGGGUCAUGUAGGACAGCCCCUCAACAUCUUCUGCUUGACAGACAUGCAGCUGAUCUGUGGGGUAUGUGCCACUCGUGGCAGUCAUACCAAGCACGUCUUCUGCUCUAUUGAAGAUGCCUAUGCUCAGGAAAGGAGUGCCUUUGAAUCACUCUUCCAAGGUUUUGAGACCUGGCAUAGGGGAGAUGCUCUUUCUCGUCUGGACACCUUAGAGACAAGCAAGAGGAAAUCCCUACAACUCCUGACUAAGGAUUCAGAUAAGGUGAAGGAGUUCUUUGAGAAACUGCAGCACACUUUAGAGCAGAAGAAGAAUGAGAUCCUAUCUGAUUUUGAGACCAUGAAGCUAGCAGUCAUGCAGACCUAUGACCCAGAGAUCAACAAGCUCAAUACAAUCUUGCAGGAGCAGCGGAUGGCUUUUAACAUUGCCGAAGCCUUCAAGGAUGUAUCAGAACCCAUUGUAUUCCUACAGCAGAUGCAGGAAUUUAGGGAAAAAAUCAAAGUCAUCAAGGAGACUCCUUUACCUUCCUCUAAUUUACCUGUAAACCCUAUAUUUAAGAACUUUGAUACUAGUCAGUGGGAGGGAAUAAAACUGGUAGAUGUGGACAAAAUGUCAUUGCCUCAAGAAACUAUCUCAUUUACCAGCAAGAUUCCUUGGAGCUUCUAUCAAAUAUUUGUAAUACUCUGUCUUCUUGGCCUUCUUGUUUACUUCACUCCUACAGUGUCCCUGGAUGGGUCUUUAUUUAAUGAUUUCUCAGUUUGGAAAGCCCAUCUUUCCAGCUUCAGCUCCUGUUAUCUAACAGAAUCAGCCGAAAUUGCAGAUCAAGCAAUUUUAUACUGGGAACAGGUGGUGGAUGGGGUUUUUGUUUUCAGUGAAAGGUUCAAGAAUUACACUUUGGUGUUACUGAAUGGUGUGGCAGAAUUUGUUUGCAAAUAUAAACUAUUAUAAAAA